CUCCAAUGUCUUGGACUCUGUCACGACAUGUGGCGGCGUCAAAGCCACGAGAACCUCUUUCUCAAGUGCCCUGUCAUUGGUAGUACGAUACCCAUUGUCACAUGACCUAUCUGCGUGCUCUGCGUCACCUCCUUCCCCUCAAACUCCUCAGAACCGCAACUCAUCACAGACAAAGUCUCACACACAUCGCAGCCCAGCUCACAAACGACGUCACCGGCCAUUCAGGAUGUUCAUAAUCUGCCCCCCAAGUCCCUCCGAAGCCCCCUCGAUAGCCUCGAUACACAUCUCCUCCAUGUCCUCCAACCCCCUCCUCCCGCUUCAAUUCCCCACGCCGGCCUCCCUCGCCGACCUCCACUUGCACCUCGCCUCCAACGCCCUCGACCACCUCUCGCGCCGUCCGCCGCACAUCCUCGUCGCCCGAGCCGUCGACGCCGUUCCCAUGCCGGCGCUCUACCCCAAAGUCAAAGCCCCUUCGCCAUCAAACACACCCGACAGCGGCAACGGCAGCGGUACUGUCGUCGCUUCCUUUGCGAAAUGGGAUAUCGUCCGACCUCACCGUCAUCGAAACCCACCGGCGUGCCCCCCUUCGUCCCCUCACCCGCCUCCGUUGUUGAAGCCGGCUCUCGGUUCGCAACGCUUAGAACCGGGGAGGGUCUCAAAGGGUGCGUGGCAGGAGCUCAAUGGGGGCGAUGCUCCUCUUUGGCGCCAGCACCACCAUCAAGAAGCGGAGGAGGCGGAGGCGGAGGCGAAAACCGAGAAGGAGGACGGCCAAAACGAGAAGCAACGAGAAGAAGAAGAUGAAGAAGAAGAGUGGCCCGCCUCGGCGAAUCGAGAGUAUCUCACCGCCUACUCCUCCGCUGCAUCGACAGCACGCAGGGAGGCAAUGGGUUCGCGGCCUUUUCUCCAUCUUACAUUCAUAUGUACCGACCUUCGGUUCCGAGGCCACGGCGUGGGGACGUUGCUGAUGAGAGCUGUUACGGAGGUGGCAAAGACCGAGGGGCUCCCCGUGUUCCUGGAAAGCACGAUAGACGCCGUGCCGUUCUAUGAAAAGUUGGGGUUUGUGAGGGUCGGGGGUUUCCGGAUGAGUAUACCGGUUGACGGUCCACCGAGUCCGAAGGAGGGGUUCUAUGAAGAGGUUUGUAUGCUUCUUGAACAAGAGUCCACGUAGGUCGGCGGACUGUCCAAUUCCAUAGCGUCCCUGGAAAAAAAAAAGAAGAAGAAAAAACACUGGAUGGCUGCGUGCGACAUACAUCCAGGCAGAAGCAGCGAGGAUCGGAUGAUACAACUUUGCGAGAGAUCAAGAUCCAGGGCGGACUCUGUUAUUUUGCCAAGCUCAGGGGCUGCCGCGGUCCUGCAAAAUCCAGCAACUAUGCAACUAA